CCCUUUCAUUCAGCAGUCCCGCAGCAGAGCAGGCAGGAGCCGCGGUCCAGCUGCUGUUCACACCCUGCGCGAUACUUGACCGGCGGGCCCCGAGGAGACUGCGCUUCACAUUGCCUGGCCCCCUCUAUGAAGAGCCUGACUUUAUUCUAGCAACGCAUACAAUCUACUCACUCCCACUCCCCCCGUGCAAUACAAACUGGCCGAAGCACAGCACUGUUCACACACUACAGAAGCCAGCGGCAAACUACCUGCAGCGCCUUCCCUGUCCUGGUUAACCCCUCAGCCGCCGGCACCAUGCCUGAUCUCAUCAGUGUGGGAGAGUUUAUCAUGGAGACCUUGGAGGACCACAGCUCUCCCACCACCUCUUCCUUCACCACUAGGAUGAGCAGCUGCAGGAACACAGUCAGCAGUAUUGAGGAGGCCCUGGACAAUGACCGAACAGUUCUCCACAAGAUGAAGAAAUCUGCCAAAGCAAAGAACAGCGCAGGCGAAGAACACAUUACACACCUAGAGGUUUAUAUUGCAACAUUGGAAAAACUAUCAUUAAACUGCCGGGACAAUGGAGAAGAAGCUCUGAGCGACGCUUUCAAUGCUUUCGCAGAGCUUUCUAAGGAAUUGUUGACGCCAAUGAAAAAUGUGCUGCAGAGUUUUAAUCACAACAUUAAUUACUUUCUAAACUCUCUGGUCAAAGGAGAUCUGAAGGAAGUUAAAGGGGACCUAAAGAAGCCAUUUGAUAAAGCUUGGAAGGACUAUGAAAAUAAAUUCACGAAAAUAGAGAAGGAGAAGAGAGAGUUGGCCAAGCAGUAUGGGAUGGUGAGGAAUGAGGUGGCAGGAGGAGAAAUCGCUGAAGAGCUGGAGAAAGAGCGUAGGAUGUUCCAGUUACAGAUGUGUGAAUAUCUGAUAAAAGUCAAUGAAAUCAAAAGCAAGAAAGGCGUGGAUCUUUUACAGAACCUUAUCAAGCAUUACAACUCACAGUGCAACUUUCUGCAGGAAUGUUUGCAAGCCACCGAAAAAUUGAAAUCCUACAUUGAGGGCCUGACCACUGAAUUGCAGAUUAUCAAGAGCAGACAAGAGGAGGAGAAGAAGCAGCUCUGUUCCCUGCGGGACAUGCUGAAGCCUACACUGCAGAUUGAAACCAAAGAGGAUUCAAUCAGUAAGCAGCUUGUCUACAGCAUGCAUCAGCUGCAAGGAAACAUGCAGUAUGGCACUGAGAAACAUGGAUACUUGUACAAGAAGAGUGACGGGCUCAGGAAGGUUUGGCAGAAGAGGAAGUGCUCAGUGAAGAACUGUUACUUGACCAUUGCACAUGGGACGCCUAACCGACAACCAGCCAAACUAAAUCUGCUGACAUGCCAAGUGAAGCCUAAUAUGGAAGACAAGAAAUGCUUUGACCUAAUAUCACAUAAUCGGACAUACCAUUUCUUGACCGAGGAUGAGCAGGAUUGUAUUGCAUGGAUCUCUGUACUAACCAACAGCAAGCAGGAAGCUCUGAACAUGGCGUUCCAUGAAGUCCGUCCUAGUGAGGAGGAUAGUAUAGAAGAUCUCACCAAAGCAAUUAUUGAAGAUAUCAGAAGAAUGCCUGGGAAUAGUGUGUGCUGUGACUGUGGAGCACCAGAUCCCACAUGGCUGUCUAUAAAUUUGGGGAUCCUCACUUGUAUUGAGUGUUCUGGGGUUCAUAGAGAACUCGGCGUCCAUCACUCCCGUAUUCAGUCCCUCGCCCUUGACAAACUUGGAACCUCAGAGCUCCUGCUAGCCAAAAAUGUUGGUAACUCUGGAUUCAAUGACAUUGUAGAGGCCAAUCUCCCAUCACCUACAAUCAAACCCACUAUAGAUAGUGCCAUGGCAACUAGAAAAGACUUCAUUAACUCCAAGUAUGUGCACUGGUUAUAUACAAAAAGAAGCAAUACACACCCAUUGACACGGCUGCAUGAACUUCAGGACGCUGUCCGGUUUAAGGAUAUUUAUGCACUGAUCCAGGCCUAUGCUGAAAAGGUUGAUUUAACAGAGGCCUUGCCUCAACCAGCACAGGAGGCUGGUGAGAUCAUUCUGCAUUUGGCAGUGUUAUUGUCAGACCGAACUUCAUUACACAUUGUAGAUUUUUUGGUACACAACAGUGGAAAUCUAACAAAGCAGACUGUCCGAGGCAACACUCCUCUUCACUACUGCAGCUUAUACAACAAAACGGAGAGCAUGAAACUCUUUCUGAGAGCUAAAGUCAAUACAAAGAUAAAAAAUGAAGCUGGGGAAACUGCAUUGGAUAUAGCCAGACGCCUCAAGCUUUCUCUCUGUGAAGAUUUGCUUCUCCAAGCUCACAACAAUCAGUUUAACAUGCGUGUCCAUGUGGAGUACGAGUGGCGGUUACGUCAGGAUGACAUGUACGAAAGCGAUGAUGAUCUUGAUGAAAGGCUGGGCCCUGUUAAGAAGGAGAGGACUCUGCGACCAUACAGUUGCUUCCAGUCACCCAGCGCUCAGUUCUCAGACAGGGGGCCUCCCACAUCAUUUUUAAGGCGAGCCUCUCAGGUGUCUCAGGUGUCUCAAGACUCACGUUAUGAUGUAGGUGGAGGACAAUCCUGCACUGAAAAUGCCUUGACCCCAACAGCUCCCUUCACACCCCCACUGCCUCCACGCAAUCCUAUUAGAGCACCCAAUGUGCCACCACCUCCUCCCCCUGCCAGUCCCUCACCUGUCCCCAAAAAGCUGCCUGCCACACCUCCACUGACUACAAAGCACAAGAGAGCACUUUCAGAGCCUGCACCCGUCAUUCCGCACAGCCCCUCCAGUCAAAGCAGUCUCCAUUUUGAUUAUGGCUCAUGCUGCACUUCUCCAUCCAAAUUUCUCCAGUCAGAAGUUGUAUCUAGGAGACCAAGCAUUGGAUCUCCAAAACUUAGUAGUCUCCAUGAAGUGCCCGAAAUCCCACCAAAAGUUGAUUACAGAACAGAAGCAUAUUCAAAACCAGGAAACCAAAGAUCAGCUCAGAGUAAUGCAUCUCCAGGGUCAUCUGUGCAAGAACUCUAUCAUGUCCCAACCCUCAGUCAGGAGCCCCCUCUACCCAUGCCACGAAGGAUGAGCCUGAGCAAGCCAAAGCUCCGUCGGGUGAAGGCUUUAUUUGACUGCAUCGCAGAUAGAGAGGAUGAGCUCACAUUUAGUAUAGGAGAAAUUAUUGUAGUCACAGAAGAGGAGGAUCAAAACUGGUGGAAUGGCUACAUUGAUGGACAGCUACAUAGAAGAGGUGUUUUCCCAUCAUCCUUUGUGCAUAUCUUGACCGACUAGAAAGCACAAUCCGUGGGCAUCAAGUGUACUGAUGAACAGAAGAAAGAAGGCUUUUAAUUGUAUAUAUAAUAUUGAGACAGACCCAGAUGUCGCUAUAUGGACCUGUGACUGGAUUGGCAGUAGCUGAGAUGAUAGCGAAAGCUGAGGACAUGGAGCAAAAUCAACUGCAAAGGUUGUUCUGGUCAUUAACCUUCCAAUAAAAAGAAACUUCACCAUAAAUAGGCAACUUUGUAACCUGUGUUAUGUGAGAGGCAGGCAAAGGGGGAUAGUAGACAUGCAUAUUAUGCUUCAUGUGCCUUGUAAUGCAAAUAGCUUUGUGUCAUUUUUACAAACAUAUUCUUAUCUUGUCUGCUUAGCCGCUGUAUUACUACCUAUAUAUCACCCAACAUGGGGCAAUUGUCUCUCCAGCAGAAGAGCUCAUCCUUUACUGUCAUCAGAUAGACGCAGUUACUAUAUCCUCCUUUCCAGCUCCAAAAUACUGCAUUGUUCAUACCAUUGCCCCUGUUUCCUCUUAAAAUGUCUGUGUGUAUCCAGUUUACUGAUGGCAGGGACCACCUUUUUUCAUCAGUUACAUGAAUUAUUUUUUAUUUCUUUUCAAUUUGACAUGUCCUAGUGACAUGCCAUACGUUUUGAUCAGUUGGGGUCUGGGUGCUGAGAUCCCACUGAUUGCUAAAAUUAAGGGGCAGGAGUGCUGUGCCCCUUUUCUGAUCGUUUCAGGUCUCCUCAGAGAGAGUGAAUAGUGAAUCGAUCUGUACCACUUCAUACACGGCUCGCUUGGAUUUCAAGACAAACUGAUCAGGCACGAAGGGGCACAGCUGAGAUGAGCACUUUUGCCGUUUCCUUUUAGCAGUCUAUGGAGUCUCUGCAUCCAGACCCUACUGAUCAAAUGACACGUACCUAUGACAUCCAAAUUAUUAUUUUUUCUUUAAUGUUAGGUACUCUUUAAACUAUAUGAUGGAUAUAUGAUUAGUUAUUUAUCCUUGCUUUGUUUCACCCAAUCAUUCUAUAGAUUAAAAGCUCUCAUAGUAUACAGCAGUGACCAUUACUGCACAUAUUUAUGAACUUGAAUGAGAACCUGACAGGGCUG